AUGGACAGAGAGGAAGUGGACAACAGGGUGGAAGGAGAGAUGCAGCAGUUGUUCUAUGAGAACUACGAGCACAACAAGAAAGGUUUCAUCCAGGACCUUCACAGUAGCAAGAUCCACAAUGCCAUCACGCUGCACCCCAACAAGCAUCCAGCUUAUCAAUACAGGCUGCACAGCUACCUGCUCAGCCGCAAGAUCUCUCAGCUCCGGUAUCGCACGAUUCUGCUGCACCGUGAAGGCGUCACCAUGAGCCGACUCGGCAAUGCUGCAGAGCAGUGGGAGGACCAGCUCCUGGGGGCACCACCGUCCUACACACGCUAUCGCCCCACAGAGCGGGGAGGUGUCAUAGAGUGGGAUUUUCUGACCGGCAGGCACCUGUACUCCACCAGCGAGAGGCAGCUGCCCCGUCAAGGCCUUGGAAACCUGGUCCGCUCAGCGCUCGAAGAUACAGUGCUUCAAGUGAUGGAGAUGAUCAACGAGAACUCCAAAACUCGAGGCCGCAUCAUAGACUUCAAGGAGAUCCAGUAUGGCUAUAGAAGGGUGGAUCCGCUUCACGGUGCCGAAUACAUCUUGGACCUUCUGCUGCUUUACAAGAAGCACAAGGGUAGGAAAGUGACGGUGCCAGUGAGGAGACACGCUUACCUUCAGCAGUCCUUCAGUAAACCAUUCUUCAGCGAGGCAGAGGAACUGGAUGUUGGCGACCUAGUAGACGUCAUCAACGGUGACUCUCGUUCGCUCUCUUUCCUCUCCAGCUCGCUCAAGAUUUUCUCUUCCUUCCAGAUCUCAGAAUCCACAAAAGACGUUCAAGAGCAAAGUCAGACAAAAAUCCACUUCCUUGUACCGCUCACGGGUCGCUAUGAAGUCUUUGUACGUUUCAUGGAAAACUUUGAGAGAAUCUGCCUGAUCCCGAUCCAGAGUGUGAAAGUUACCAUAAUCCUGGUUGACAGUGAUACAAACCAGGAUAAGGAGAGACACCUAGAGCUGAUAAAGGAAUAUCAUAACAGAUAUCCUAAAGCAGACCUUUCUAUCAUACCCAUGAUGGGAGGCUUUUCUCGAGGCCUCGCCCUUGAGAUGGGCUCUUCUCAGCUGGCUAACAACUCACUACUGUUUUUCUGUGAUGUGGACCUGGUCUUCAACGCUGAUGCUCUCCAAAGGUGUCGAGACAACACUGUUGAAGGAAGGCAGAUAUAUUUCCCUAUCGUCUUCAGUCAGUAUGAUCCCAAAAUUGUCUAUGCUGGAGGCCCUCCUGAAGACAGCGCCUUUGUUUUCACCAAGAAGAGUGGAUUCUGGCGAGAUUAUGGAUUUGGUAUCACCUGCAUAUUCAAAAGUGACUUGCUUAAAGCUGGGGGUUUUGACACCUCAAUACAAGGCUGGGGUUUAGAGGAUGUCGAUUUGUUCACGAAAGUCGUUAAUUCUGGCUUGAAAGUGUUUCGCUCUCAAGAAGCAGGUAUUGUGCAUAUUUAUCACCCUGUCCUGUGUGACACACAUUUAGACCCUAAGCAAUACAAAAUGUGUGUCGGGUCUAAAGCGAGCACUUAUGCAUCCACAAUGCAGCUGGCAGAAUUGUGGUUUUCCAAACAUUUCGGUGUCGGUUAUAACAGGACUUCCUCCUGAUGUUGCAAGCAAUCCCUGGAGUUUGCCUCAGAUCUGAAAAAGUGCAAAGCAAUUAAUUCACUGUAUGUGUGAUAUUUGUAUUUUCUGGAUAAAUGUACGUCCUAUCAAAUAAGUACACUCCAAAUCCUUUAGUGCAACAUUCAAAAGUUUUUCUUGCUAUCUAAGUAUGAUGCAGCAUCUUCAGAAGGAUAUUUAUUGAACAGGUCUGAAAAGAAGGUCACUUUGGAAUGUAUGCAAUGAGCUUAUUUUGAGCUUAAUUUGUUUUCCAUCUUGCAAUCUUCUCAUACACUCAGGAGCAUGUUCUGUCACAUGAACACAACAUGGAGUAAGAAAACUGGUGUUCUCUGUGUGUCAUUCAGUAGAAACAAGCUAGUUCACACUGCAGUGGUAAUAAUAAUAAUAAAGUUGACAAUAAUAAUGUACAGAAAGUGCCACAAAUGUGCUUUAAAUUUCCUUGCUGAGGAAAGUGACAAGACAAAUCAAGUUAUCUGAUUUAUACAAAGAUAAAUAUUGUACCUUAUCGCAGUAUUUUUUUUAAGGAACUGUUCAAUGAUUUUAUUUUUUACCUAAAUUUGUUCCAUAAUAUAAAG